CAAAAUGAUUUAAAUCAUGUUUACAAAACAGGAUUUAUUAACACAGAUGUGCAUAGUGGCAACUUUGUGCAGCAAAGAUAUUUAAAUCGUUACAAAACUGUUAUUCACAGAAAUUUACAUAGUGAUAAUAUUUUGCAGCAAAAUGGUUUAUACAGAACUCGAUUUAUUCACACAAAUUUGCAAAGUGCUAGAAAUUUGGAGCAUAGUGAUAAUAAGUAUACGACAUCCUACAUUUCGGAUCUAGAAUAUACGACAUCCUACAUUUCGGAUCCAGAAUAUACGACAUCCUACAUUUCGGAUCUUGGAUUAGCCAAAAAAGCAAAUGAAAACGAUCCAAAAGGUAAUAAUAGAAAUAUGAAAUUCAAAGCACCAAAUAUUUUAACGAGGUCUUAG